AUGCCGAGGGCCUUCUUUGCGUCCACGCAGCCAGACGAGAGAGCAUGGUGCGGCGCUGAACGACCUUCUACCAGAUUGGAGACGCUAGAGUUCCGUGGCCACGCCCAUAGUCAGCAGGCGACAUACCGCCGAGUGUCAACCUUCUGGGCCGUCUUCCUCAUAGAUUUGACCCUGUAUGGCUUCUUGGCAGCAAGCGGGGAGAAUUUCCGAAGGGCUCACAGCGCAGCUUCGAAAGACACCAUCGAGAUAACCGUGGUGACUUUGAGCGGCAAGGCAGUGAUCCACUUCCCGGCCCUCCGCUAUGUUUGCACUGAGGAUCUUUUCAGCAUCGUCGAGACGGCUUGCGGAUCCUCAAGCUUCCAUCUGAUCUUCAAGGGUCAGGCUCUCAACCGGGGCACGGAGCAGCCCCUGCUGCGAGCCAGCUCGCCAGCCCUUCUGCAGCUUGCUGUAGGCAUGGACCUGGGCAAGCAGCCCAAGUUUUCAACAGGCUGCCUGGUCAACAUGGUGCGAAGAGGCCGCCAUCGGCUUGCGCUAUGCGUCCUCCUCAACCGCAGCGCCCAGAAGGAGAUGCUGAAUGACCCUGAGCUGUUGAACUGGGUGGCCUACACCUCUGGCGGCGCUGGCCAAUGCGGGCAGCCGUCCGGGAUAGCUCAGCCCGGAGCCUUGCAGCUGCUUUGGCGGCUUCUCCGAAUUCGGCCUUCUUGGGUGAAGCGCAGGGAUCCUCAAACAGGCAGGCUGCCGCUGCACGAGGCCGCCUGGGGUCACGCGCCAUUUGCCGUUGCGGUGCUGCUGGGGGCCGCCUUCCCAAAGGCCAUCCAGGACCGCCACAACCGCAGCCGGGAGUCCCCCAUGGACUUGGGCCGCUACGUGCAUGGGCGCCGCUUCUCUUGGCUGGAAGAGCUUCAGCCCUGCGCCCUGCGGCUCCGGGGUGCUGCGCAGCUGCUGGCACGCCUGGGGGCUUUGAAGCGCGCGCAGGCGCGGAGCCUGCAGUCCUGCAUACUUUCAGGAUUUGGCACCUGUCCAGAAGCUGCCUAUGCGAUUGCUGCGUGCCUCACAGAGUCACAGGAAGUGAUCCUACACGGCUUGACGCUCACAAGCCUCCUCGGGAUUUCUACGCCAAAGGCUGCAAAGCCGAAAGCACAGAGGGCGAGUUGGAGCACUGCAGCGCAAAUGCCAGCGCGCCAGAGGGCCACGGAAAGCCGUGGCUUUCUGCGGAAGUCAGGGGCGGCCACGCCGGAGGCGGGUUCAGAUGAGCUGCACGAGUUGAAGAAGUCUUGCAAAGUGCGCAGUGGUUUGCAUGCUCGCUUGCGGCGUCGUUGGCCAAAGGCAGCGGGAAGGCAGGAGCCCGAGAACGUGUUAGGGCCAGAGGUCGAGCACCUGCAAGAGCGCUUCAAGGAUGAGGGCACCUACGGCGGUACCCACCGAGUUCGGAACCGGCGAUGCAGCUUUGCGGAGGUCUCCGAGAUCCAGGUUGGCAACAAGCGGCUGAAGCUAGAGACUCACACAGCCUGGACAGUACAUCACAGUAUCCAGCGUUCCCCACAAGGCGUCACGUGGCCCAAGCGGCUUUGGCAACUUCCUCGGGCGAGAGACCGCUGGGAGCGCUGGGAAUCUCUUGGCAAGUUCCAGACUGAUGUCCAAGCCUGCUUGAGCUCGGGCAGUGUGCGCCGCAAGCAGAUACUCAACACGUUUGGUGUUGGAAUGCAGACGGCGCCGAACUCGAGGGCCAGUGCUUCAGCGUGGGCAUGA